UUUGCUCGAAACCAGAGAAAGUCGGUCGAUUUCCGGACGACAGUGAUGGCGUGCAAGUGACGUUUGGCAUUGUGAUUUGUUCGGGCAGAUACGCAUAUACACGUGCACAUUGCAUUAAAUGAUAAUUAUUAAUUCAAUGCAUAUGUUCAUACGUUCAUGCUUGUCUCUGACUAAUAAAUGCCUGUUCACUUCAUACAUGUAUACGUGCUAUUGACGAUCUUCUGUUUUUCCAAACUUUCACUUAUAAAUGAAACCGAAAGUGAAUACGAUUUCAUGGAAUUCCUAAGCCCUACACCCCGAGUCUAACGGUAAAAACAACAUGGCUACUACUCGGAUGUACCCUUCUGAUUUGCGAUACACACACGACAGUGUCAGCUGCAGAUUUUCGAAUGGAUUUUGCUUAGAGGAAACUUUUGAAAAAAUACUUUAUGAUGAAGUAAGAAUGUAUGACUUGCCCUGCCUUGUUGCUAUGCCCUACCAAGGCAAGUGGUUUGUAGUCAGGGGGAACAGGAGAUUGUAUAUUUACAAACAACUGGAAUCCGCUGGAAAGAUUUCUAAAGUUGACGUUAAAUGUGUGGCUUUUGAGUCCGAUCUAUUCUAUCGUCAGUUCUCCACAGAAAACUCGGGUCGGUCUCUCCGUAUUCGAAGUAGACCCUCCAUGGAACAACAUUUAACACAGAUAGUUCGCACAUGGGUCUCCAAUGGUCAGAGAAGGAAACCCGUGUAUGAGGCAAUGCGAAGUAUUUACAGCAACGAUUCAUUUUCAUAUCCAUCCACUGUCACAUAUGAAAAACGCGUUCCACGAAGUACCGGAAGUACAAUGUCUAGAAACACCUCAACGUACCCACCAUACAACUACCACACGGCGUCCACCCACAACGACGAAGGCACUUCGGUGGUGUGGUGCUGCUGUAAAUGUUUUCUGGCUGUGUUGAUGCUGUUGAUGAUGCUGCUGCUGCUGGCUGUCGGGAGUUUACACAGUCAGAUAUAGCUGGUGGACUGACUAUUACCAUGAUGUGGAAACUGGGAAACCUAAGGUAAGAAAUGACUGAGAAGCUCUCCUGGUAUCCACUGUGUGUUAUUGUGGCUUGCCUGGUACUACCUGCCUCAUGUGAAGACGGACCUAGUUUCUGCUUUCAAAAUGAUCCAUGUCAAAUAGCUUUGCAUACUCUGGAUGUGUAUGGACGGUCGACAGCCUGUCCGUACUAUGGCAAAAAUGGCCAAUGUGAUUCCAGUUUGACGGAGAGAUGGUACAGGGUCGACUUGCCUAUGGUAACCACGUGUCCAGAUAUCAACAGCUGCGGGACGUCGUAUCCAGUCUGGCUGAACGGCACUCUACCAACCAACGGUACGGUGACGAGGAAGGCUUGUAUGCGUGGAUAUACGUCUUGUUGUGAGAAGGAAUACACCAUUGUCCUCAAGAAAUGUACAACUUUCAUGGCAUACUGUUUACAGCACACGACGGGGUGUGCUGAACGGUAUUGCUUUGGUUCUUCUGGUUUUUGCCCGGUGCCUACAAUAUCUAAUGCACCUGUGACGUUAACAUCAAUAUCAACUGGCGUGAUCACAUCCAUAUCAUCAUUUACUGAUGAUAAUUCUCCACCAACCAUAUUUCCAACGCCGACUACACCAGCGACCAACACAAGUCCCGGAGACACGCCAUCUGAUCCGGCUGCCUUAGGUAACAUUGUGGGCGGAACUAUUGGUGGUGUCCUUGCAUUAGCUGUUAUCUGUGGGAUUAUUUAUGCUUUAUGGAAACUUUAUCGUAACCUUAAUAAAUCUGGAGGUGGCAGUGAGAAAAAGACCAGAAAGGAGAAAGACCAGAACCCAUACUGCGAUGUUAGAGAUAUCGUAUCGGAUAGUGCGCAGUACAGCACUGUUGACAUCAGCACCAUGGAAGCCGUCCACACCUACACUGGUCUCAGCCAACCAAAUCAAGCUGUAGACAAACGGAAAAGAAACCCGUACGAAGUUCUUGGUUCCCGGAAUCCAGUUCCAAUGUAUGAUCAAGUAAAUACCGAAAACCCACAAAUAUCUGCACCGGCACCCAGAAACAAGCACGGAUAUCGUGAUCCACAAAACCCUGUCCCAAUAUAUGAUCAAGUUGGAACCGGCGAAAUUCCAAGAAUACCAGCACAGACAACAAGAAACCAGUACGAGGUUCUUGGUCCACUCAAUCCUGUUCCAGUCUAUGAUGAAGUCAACACUGAAAGUCAACGAAUGACUGCACAAUCAACAAGAAUCCGGCACGACGUUUCACGGAACCCUGUUCCAGUUAACAAUGAAGUAAAGAUUGAUGAAAAUUAACGAAUGCCUGCACAGACAACAGGGUAUAAUUAAUAGUAGUCACAAGACCCUGUUUUGAUUUUUUUCCUAUUGUCAUGUCGGUUUAUUUUUAUCGUUUUUUUUUUGUAGUGGUAUUACUACAUUGUACUUUUUAAUGGAACGUGCCUUAAUGUUAUCAGCUCACAGACAAACUGUCACAAUAUUGCCCAUGUAUUUAAGGGAUUAAUGUAUCAACUAAAACAUUAAAAACGUUUCUCCAUUCACGUACUGUUUGAGAACAAGCAUCAACAAUUGAAGUGUGUCUUCAAGGCACAUAGAUGUACUCUAACUUCUAUGUAAUGUUUGUAAAAUGCUUAACAUUAUUUGGGGAAAUAUAGAUUUGUUCUUGAAGAUGUUUAAAAUGAAGCUUAUACUUAUCUAUGCGUUCACGUUUACCGAAGUAUUUGCGAGAUAACCGAAGCUGACUCUAGUUAGUGUCACUGACAUAAAUAAUGAAAGAUCAGUAAAAACUCUUUCACUUUUUCAAACUUGCCAUUCAUAAAAUUCAUAAGAGAAAUAUACACAUUAUAUAUAAUUUGGAACCUAUUUGAAAUGAGGAUGGAGAUCGUAAUAAGGUUGCUUAUUAUUUAAUGGGUUUUUUUACCAAUGAUUUACAUUAUUGUUUUUUUUAUAAUAUAUGCUGCGGUUGCCCUACAUAUGAUAUUUUGCAUAAUUUCCGAAUAUAUAAUAUUUUUUUCAGAUACUGUCGAUGUUUUGUCGAAAAUAUGUCAUACAUUUAGAUGUACGUUCAUCCCUAUUUGAGCCAAAAACGCAAUAAUGUGACCAAAAUAUUCUUUGAACAAAAUGUUAACAUGUAAACAAUUGCAAUAGAUUUGUGUAGAUGUAGCGAAGUUUGGAGAAUUAAACUCAUAUGAUCUCAUGCAGUUACCAUUUCUGCCACAGGAAAUGAGAAAAUCUGAAGAGAGUCACUUCCCUUACUUUGUCUUGGUAGAAAAUCGAUCUGCAUUAUGAACGAUCAAAUUACAAAACGUCAGCGAAAUGUUGUUACCUAUCAACCACUCCACUUGUUCGUGCAUUAUUACCAACUUCAAUCAACAGUUAUUCAUUUAAUUGUACAGUUGGCGGUUUUGAUUUGCCACCUUUCGUUUUAAGAAACCCCAGAUAUUCCAUGGCUUUUGAUGGAAGCCUUUUGGUGUGCCACUUUUUCAGAUUUGUUGUGUCUUAUGAUGCAUAAGUAUAGAACAUAUUCGUUGAUUUAUAAUUAGAUAUAUCUUGAGUCGUAUUUGAUACCUUGUCAUUUAUUAACUGACAAUCGUUCUCAGUAUUUGAUGCUUGUUUCCAAACACUGAUGCAAGCGGCAUCGCAUAUCUUACCUGCACACGGUUAUAAAAAUCAUGUGAAGAAUAUGCUAAUUUCAAACACAAAAAUGCCUCUGGCUAUUUUAGGAGAGGGACAUGACAUGCCUUUAGUUGUUUAGUAUUUUUAGGGAAGGGACAUGGCAUGUUUCAAUUUGUGUGAGGUCCUCAUCCAUUUCUUAUGUAGUUUUUAAACAUUGCCUGCGGUGGUUUUAGUGAAGGGACAUGCAAUUUGUUUAAUGUUUGUUCUAUCUCUGUUGUAUUUUUGGAGUUGGCUUCUAUUUACGAUUUCGGUUUUAGCAACAUGACAUCCUGGUGUCUGCUUUAUUUACUUGCAUUAUGUUAGUCCCUCCUUACAUUAAAGAUAUUGACAACGUUUAGCAAUUAUAAUUUCACUAGCUUCUCCUGCUUGUGAGUUACUGAAUUAAUAUAUUGCUAAUAAAGAAAAGAAAUAGGGAAUUAUAUCUUUGGAACUUCAACUGUUGCAAAUCUGCAAAAUGCCACAAGCAUUUUGUGUUGUUUGCGCUCAUGGCAAUAUGUUUAAAAUAAUUGAACUAAACAAGAAUUACCAAUAAAACGAAUUCAUGGAAACAG